UUCUGCAGUGUGUUUUGGCCCCCCUGGGAGCCCCUAAAAGAAACGCUCUUUGCCACAAUGCCACUUUUGACCUUUUUUAAGGCCUAGGUGGGAAAAUGGUGGAGGUGGCAGCUCUUUGGCGAUUCCCCUUAAAGGAACACAGAGAGGAACCAGGAUUUGAAUAAGACACUUGGGCUUGUUUGCCAGCUUUUCUGGGUUUAAAAUCAGGCAACGUUAUCACAUUAAAGGCUGUAAUCACUGCCAACGUAAUUGCAGUUUGCUUUGCUUUGCCUUUUCAUCCAUUUGGACAUGUGCGUGUUUUCUUAGCCCUGCUUGUGUCUGCUCACCUCUCAUGCAAAUCGGCCAUGAUUUAACAGUUACCUCCUCAUCCAUCCAGCCUUGAGGAUAAAGUACUAGAGGUACAAGACGACUGAUGUGGUUUUUACUCUAAAGACAAGUGUGCCAUCCUUUCCCCCUUGCCUGGAUGUGCUGGGGAAGCUGAUCUGUGCUGCACAAAGGAAGCCUGGAACUGGAGGACAGUGGAAGGCCAAUACCUUGUAGAGUCUGUUGGAGAAGACAUGGCUCUGACUCUUGAAACAGAAUCACGAAUAUACCGCUCCCUCAGAACUGUCUUUGGGGCUGCUGCACACCUUGUUUCACUUGGAUUUUCCAUCUUUGUGGCUGUGCUUACAAGACCUGGAUCAAGUCUAUUCUCCUGGCACCCUCUAUUAAUGUCGCUUGCGUUUUCGUUCCUGAUGACGGAAGCUGUGUUGGUUUUCUCUCCAGAGAGCUCUCUGCUCCGGUCCUUCUCACGUAAGGCCAAGGUCCGCUUCCACUGGGCUUUGCAGCUGCUCUCUCUCAUAUGUGCAGUCCUGGGCUUGGCCAUCAUCAGCUAUAACAAGCACAUCAAUGGGAAGGACCACUUUGUCACUUGGCAUGGCCAGACCGGUUUGCUCACAGUGCUGUAUGCUAGCAUGCAGUGCAUGGGUGGUCUUGCUCUGCUGUAUCCUAAGCUGAUGAAGAACUGGACACUUACCAAACUGAAGCUUUACCAUGCCACAUCAGGGUUGAUUGGGUACCUUCUUGGUUGUGCCAGUUUGAUGCUGGGCAUGUGUUCCUUGUGGUUUACUGCAGCUGUGACUGGAGUCUCCUGGUAUCUGUCUAUCCUGUGUCCUAUCCUCACCAGCUUGGUUGUCAUGAACCAAGUGAGCAAUGCCUACCUCUACCGCAAGAGAAUCCAGCCUUGAAAGCCAACCUCAACAGAUACUUUUUGAGAUCCGAGGAGACAUCUCACAUCCUCUUUUAAAGAGACUACAGCUUUCUAUGGCGCUGGAGUGAAGAAUCCCUUUUUAUCUUUAUAAAUUUGUAUGGCAUUUUUAAAAGACUUCUGACCUCUUCCCACUGUUAAAAUCCUGAAGAUGCUUGCACUGUUGCAGCAAAAGUGUGUGUGUCCAUGCAGUGUUUUGUGUGCAUCUCUUUGGAAAUGUGGCUUUGUGGCACUGAGUAGUAACCCAGUAGCAGUAUUCUGCCACCUCUCCUCCACCCAUGAAAGGAAACAAAUUCCUUAGAUAGUCCUCUGCUCAGCUGAGUGCAGGAGUUCAGAGAAGCCCCUUACACAAAGAUAUACCUCACUUGCUCUAGAUUUCUCCUUAUGGAAAAAGUGAUUGGGCAUCAGAGGGGUUGGAAUAGGUAGACAUUUUAACAUUUAAUUUUUUAAAACAUUUCUUUAGUGUAGUAUGUAAAGGUUAUGUAAAGACUAGUGCUUCCCCCAUAACUGAAUAUGCAUACCUAAGUCUCUCCCUCCUUCCAGGUUGACUGAUGCACACACACAAAGUUCAGGCUUGGUCAACUAUAAUCUUUCAUGCUAGGGAGAAAGCACAGGGGCUGGUUUAGUCUACUGCCAUUCAUAAACAAGGAAUGAGGGAGUUGUCCUAGAUCCAGCUUGAAAAUAUAGGGAGACUGUGACCCUGUGAUCAUACAUCCUCAUGACCUCUCAGGGGUGGAGAGAAAAUGAAAUUACUCAGUUCUUUCUCUUCUAGAUUUUACGAGAACUUGAAUCCCAUGUACUACAUGAACAACAGCUUCAUUGCACAGAUAGGUAAACAAAAAUGAGGUACAAAGGUUUCUCGGUGAACCAAGCACAAAGUUAGAAAGGCUGUUUUUGUCUACUGUCAUACUUGGACACAAUUUUUCAAACAUUUGAUUGCUCAUGAAUAGCACUAUUUACACAAUACAGAUGAUGUUGCUGUCCCAAAGAUGGAGGCAUAGUACUGAAAUAUGGAAAGGAGCAAUUUUCUUCACAAAUGCGGAGCUGUUCCAGAAUUCUUCCACAAGAACAUUCGGGUGCAACUUGUCACACAGUCCAUGUGAUAGGCUUGCAUAUAUGUGUACAGUCAGCAUAUGUAUUGAUCUAGUCACUUAAUUUCUACGAAGAAGAGCUCGCUCCUCAAGAAAACUGAACUUCUUGACAGGCUCCUCAGAAAAGCCACAUGCAUUUGUGACUUAGGCCCAAUAAAUUCUAGGGUAGGAUUCUUCCAUGGUGCUUUCUCCCAUGGUUUUUCAUGUGUUUUCAGUACAGAGUGUGAAAGCUCCCACUAGUAGGGGUUGGGGGGGGAUGAAAGGUUUAUCAAAGCAAAUUGUCUAUUUUCCUAUCAUUUUCUGUUGAGAAAAGAAAUGAGCCAUCUUUGUGCAGGACAAAAAUGAGCAAUGAGAGUGUGGAAGAGUGUUGGUGUUGAUCUAGCUAAUCAUGACUAUCUCAGUGAAUCUAGGUGACACAGUUAAAUCUCAUUGCUUUCAAAGGCACUUAAUUGCAAUCAGCUUUUGCUGUACAGUAUUAGGGCCUUUGACUGUAGUCCCUUUUCCUAGAAUGAAGUCCUGUCCACAGAAUAUUAAAAAUACAGGGUGGAAGACUGCCUAUAACAAGAUAUUUUAGAGCUUUCUGCAACAGGGCAGAGGGCCUGAGUGAUUAAAAAAAAACAACAACUAGCAUUAAAAUGUCUAAUUUUCAGUGAUAUGUACCCUAUGCAGCAUUAUUUGCUUCAGCAUAAACUUUACCAUGUAGUAUUAUGGAGCAAGUUUUCCCAGCUUUAAAAGAAGGGUCCUUGGCCAUCUUAACUAUGGUGGUGAAUUGUCUCCACCUUGUCUUUUAACGGCUUGAGAGAAUUCUUCUCAUGGGCACCUGCAAUAGGCAUUAUAACAUGCAAGCUUCUCUUUCCCCCUAUUUCCCUGUAUUAAUUGGGUUCAAAUAAUUGCUUCAGUAAGAGUUGACAGGUCUUUUACACAAAUAUUGCAGUUACAGAAACUUUCCUGAUAAAGCAAACCCCCCAACAGUUUGCGCUGAAUGGUUUGAUGGGUCUCUCUGCAGGGCAGGUAAACCCAUCACUGAGCCUGGGCAAGAAAGAGCUGUAUUUGAGUGCUGAAUAAAAGAAGCUUUUAAACAGUU